UCCGUCCCUAUAUCUAGUAUACCUAUAUAUUCAGAUAUUCUAUUGAUUCACUAGUACUGGACUGCUUACGAAUCAUCAAUAACAUAGUGACAAUGGAUUUGAUCGUAAAUGCUGUAGUGGGUUUACUGGUUGCGACACAAUAUGUGUACUCCUCAGCACCAUGCUGUAUGCCAGAUAAAUUUGAAUCACACGAGUAUGUAGAAGGACGUAUACUCCAGGCAACUCAUUUUGAAACGGCAAAUAUGAAUAUAUCGUUUGAUUUUACGAGCAAGAAAGCAGUGGGUUUUAGAUACAACAUAAAGACAGACGGAAAAGUUUUACCGCCAAUGUAUACGCUUGUUGAUUAUGAGUCAGGAUUUGCUUACGUUGUUCAAAACAAUAAGUGUACAAAGAGUGCAGCUCAUGGAAAAAUGCAACGUGCUUGUAUCCCAGAAAUGUUCAAGAUGGUUAAAACUACACACUUUGGUGCUGGUUCAGAGAUGUUACCUGUACAUAAAUAUCAGUCAAACAUUGGAAAUAGUACAGGCAGCAUUACAGUGACAGCAAAGAACUGUUAUUACAUCAGCUACGGAGGUUACAACUCACAAAGACCAACAGAAGGAUUACGGGGUGAAGUAUUUGGAAUCACACUAGGAAUUAAAGAUCCAUCAGUCUUUAGUGUUCCUGCUCUAUGUAAAAAGACAGCUGAUCCGCAGGAUAUCCUAGAAUAUCAGGCAGGCAAAUUCCAUCCAUUUGUUUGACGUGAAAGAAUGACUUCUUUGACAAACAUGAUCAUGUUUCUACUUUUCCUAACAUGGAACAAAUAAAAAUCAUUUAACAUAUUUUUGAAGAUGAAAACCGGAUGAUGCAUUAGAAACAAAAUAUGUUUUUUUACAAAUUUCAAUUUUAUUCGUAUGAAGGUAAGAAAUUGAUAAAAAAAAAAGCUUUCAUGUCAAGAAAAUUCACUGAUGUUGUUAUUUGAACAUACAAUGGUACUAUGCUUAUCUGUAUAUACACGAUAUACCUUCAAUUUCAUAACUACAAAAUUAAUGUAACUGUUAAAGGUUUUUAUAUUUUAGAUAUAGGGACUGAUAGUUUUUUUUGUUAUUUUUUUAUCAUAAGGGGAAGGUGAAACUUUAAUAAAAUGUUGUUUUAU